UCAUCAUGGUAGCGGGGGCACUCUCUCUGUGUGUAAAUAAUUGUAAUUAAAUGUAGAUCUGCAGAGUUCAAAAACUGCAUGAUAAAAUGACAUUUGCUUUAGCUAGGACACUGUUGUAUUCAGUACAAUUCUGUAUUCAGGACAAUUCAAUUCAAUUCAAUUCAAUUCAAUUCUAUUCAAUACAAUUUUGUAUUCAGGACAAUUCUAUGAUAUAGUAAACAGCCUUCUAGGACUAGUUGGAGCGUGAGCCAUAAGCCACAGGGCCAAGGACUUGUCUUGAGUUACGAGUGAACAAUGAUAACUGAGUAAACAGCCUCCCUAAUUUUGUAUAGAAUUAUUCAUGGAGGCUGCAAUGCAGGCAUAGUGAGGAAAGGUGAAACUAGGGGAAUCAUUCUUCAGCCUUCAGCCCCGGACGGUGUCACUGUGAACAAAAGCAAACCAAAGGCAUAUCUAUGGAGUAAAGCCACUGGGAGUCACCCACUGGGGAACCCACUCAAUGCUGAUUACACUGAUGUGGUUUCUCUUGGUAAGGGACCCAUCAAAGGGUUUUACCCAGAGCCAGGGAAGCUGCAUGGCCUCUUGCCGAUAAUCACACAUGAAGAGUAGCAGGAAUUUCUAUGUGGCUAAGAUAAAGUACGUGAAGAAAUGCUUAAAAACUGCUUGGAGCUUUUCCGCCCGCUCCCCCCUCCCCACGAGCGCCGCUCCGGCUGCACCGCGCUCGCUUCGAGUUUCAGGCUCGUGCUAAGCUAGCGCCGUCGUCGUCUCCCUUCAGUCGCCAUCAUGAUUAUCUACCGGGACCUCAUCAGCCACGAUGAGAUGUUCUCCGACAUCUACAAGAUCCGGGAGAUCGCGGACGGGUUGUGCCUGGAGGUGGAGGGGAAGAUGGUCAGUAGGACAGAAGGUAACAUUGAUGACUCGCUCAUUGGUGGAAAUGCCUCCGCUGAAGGCCCCGAGGGCGAAGGUACCGAAAGCACAGUAAUCACUGGUGUCGAUAUUGUCAUGAACCAUCACCUGCAGGAAACAAGUUUCACAAAAGAAGCCUACAAGAAGUACAUCAAAGAUUACAUGAAAUCAAUCAAAGGGAAACUUGAAGAACAGAGACCAGAAAGAGUAAAACCUUUUAUGACAGGGGCUGCAGAACAAAUCAAGCACAUCCUUGCUAAUUUCAAAAACUACCAGUUCUUUAUUGGUGAAAACAUGAAUCCAGAUGGCAUGGUUGCUCUAUUGGACUACCGUGAGGAUGGUGUGACCCCAUAUAUGAUUUUCUUUAAGGAUGGUUUAGAAAUGGAAAAAUGUUAACAAAUUUGGCAAUUAUUUUGGAUCUAUCACCUGUCAUCAUAACUGGCUUCUGCUUGUCAUCCACACAACACCAGGACUUAAGACAAAUGGGACUGAUGUCAUCUUGAGCUCUUCAUUUAUUUUGACUGUGAUUUAUCUGGAGUGGAGGCAUUGUUUUUAAGAAAAACAUGUCAUGUAGGUUGUCUAAAAAUAAAAUGCAUUUAAACUCA